GCCGUGGGCGGGAAGGAAGGGGCGAGUCGAGCGAGAGAGAAGCCGAAGGAAAAAAGAGAGCGUAGAAAAUGGCGGCCGACGGGAUCCUCAUAGGCGACAAACUCUACUCCAGCAUCGUCCUGACGCUGGAGAACUGUCUCAUCUCCGAGGAGAAGCUCUCGCUGACCGCGUCCGUGUCGGACGGCCUGGACCCCGAGGUGGAGACCGACCUGAGGAUCGUGGGAUGCGAGUUAAUCCAGGCCGCCGGCAUUUUACUCAAACUACCUCAGGUGGCAAUGGCAACUGGACAAGUAUUGUUUCAGCGUUUUUUUUAUUCAAAAUCCUUUGUGAAACACUCCAUGGAGAUAUUGUCAAUGGCUUGUGUUCAUUUGGCAUCUAAAAUCGAAGAAGACCCCAGGCGCAUUAGGGAUGUCGUCAAUGUGUUUCAUCAUCUGCGAAAGCUCAGGGAGAAGAAAUCUCCUGUACCACUUCUUCUGGAUCAGAGUUACAUCAAUCAAAAGAACCAGGUCAUAAAGGCAGAACGGCGAGUGUUGAAGGAGUUGGGAUUCUGUGUUCACGUCAAGCACCCUCACAAGAUUAUCGUUAUGUAUCUUCAGGUGUUAGAAUGUCAACAUAACCGGCCUCUGGUUCAGACUGCAUGGAAUUAUAUGAACGACAGCCUGCGCACAGAUGUGUUUGUCCGAUACAAUCCAGAGACGAUAGCUUGUGCAUGCAUCUACCUGGCAGCUGGAGCACUUGAGAUUCCACUUCCAAAUCGUCCCCAUUGGUUUCUGCUGUUUGGAGCGACCGAGGAAGAUAUUAAGGAAAUCUGCAUGAAAAUCCUAAAGCUAUACACUAGGAAAAAGGCAAAUUUGGAACACCUUGAUGAUGAAGUUGAAAGAAGAAAGGUGGCACUUCAAGAAGCUAAAGCUAAAGCCAAGGGCCUUCUCCCAGAUGGCACACCGGCUUUAGAUACUCCAGCAGGUUUCUCACCAUCCUCAAAAACAGAUUCGCCAAAGGAUGGCAAAUUUGAAAAACCAUCACCGCUGUCUGCGCAGGCGAUGAAAAAUGCCCGAAGAAAACUGGACGAAGAAGAAAAACGGGCUCGAUCUGGUAGCCCAUUCAAUGGUGUUCAAAAGGGAAGGAAUAGCAGGAGUCGGAGCUACUCGAGAUCUCGCUCAAGGUCACAUUCUCCUAAGAGACGAAGAACAAGAAGUCGUUCUGCAUCGAACAGCUCUCGAUCCCACAGCCACUCGAGAAGCCGUAGUGAUUCUCCCCCGCAGCGGUUUAAGCGCAGCUCGCCUUAUAUUGGCAGGUCAAAAGUGAGGGAAUACGAUGACAUGAGAGACUACAAAUACUUGGCCCAUAAACACAGACGCUCACGCAGCAGGAGUUACAGCAAGAGCUUGUCGAGAUCCAGAAGCAGGUCCAGAGAUCGUUUAGAUUUUUCUCGCAAACACAAGGAGAGUCGGGGUCAUCACGGGGAACGGAGGCACGAAAGAUCGCGAUCUUAUGAAAGACCGCCCAAACACCACAACAGCAGUCAUUCUGGCCACAGCAGGCAUAGGCGGUGACUGGUUCAACCGAUGGCCGAUGUACAGUUUACAUAGCUUUCUCAUUUCAGGGUUUAUAUAUAAUCUCUUAAACUUGCCUGUAUUACAGAAGAGAUUUUAAUGGGAGAUUUAGAGUUGGUGUGUGCACAUUGCACUGCUCCUUGUUUUAUUGUUUCUCCGAAGGCAGAUCAACAUGGCUCCUCUCAUCCGCUGGCAUCCCAAUCAGUAUUUUGAUAGCAUCCCUGACCGCUGAUGACAUUUCGCAUUCAAGAAUUUUCCCAUCAACUUUCACGUUUUUUUUAUACAGCCCUGCCUGUAUUGUUUCAGGAUUUAUGAAUGAAUUUUUAAACUCGCCCGUGUUGCAAAUUUUUAUUUGCUUUCCUGUUUUAAUUUUUUUUUGUUUGUUCAAAUGAGAAGGCUAUAAGCAGCCUUACAUGUGCAAUGCCCCUUGGGGUUGUGGAAAAAUGACAAAUGCCCCCUUGGGUACAGCCAGUGGUGGUUGGCUUGAUCUACACUGAAGAGAAUAAAUAGCUCAGCACAUUUGUAAGUGUGUGCAAUUGGGAGAUGCCAUUUUCAGUUAGCAAAUUUUUUUGCAAUUGGAAAAAUCCCUUUUGAAGUGAUUGAAUACUUCUGUUACCUUGCACUCGGUCCACAUAUUAUACCCUUGACAGGAAUAUGUUUUUUUUAAAAAAAAGGUCACUUUUGGUACAUCGGUACUUUUUUUUUGCUGCUGCUGCAUACACUAGCGAUGUAUCUUUCAGGAAGUGGCCGUGCUCCUUGUAAUUAUUUUCUGUAAAGUACUCAACAUGUGUUCUCUUCGGAGAUAAUGAUGUAUCAAAAAUUGUGUGGUUACUUGUGUUUUGUAAAGAUAUUUUGUGUUUUUUUUGGAAGGGAGGGAAAGGGGUUAUUCACAAUUAGCGAGGAUUGUGUUUGUCUCUGUGUUAAAGCAUAUGCCAUUUUCUGUUCUAUUAAGUAAACAAAAUUAUUUUAAACAAGGAAAUAUUGUACAUAAAUUAUCUUUUUAAUGUAGUGCAGCAAACAUACAUGUGCCUUGAAUAUGUAGGUUUUAUGAACUACAGAUAGACUUUGAAUAUGCAUAAACUGUAAAUAAAAUUUUGUAUGAAACUGA